GGGACAACUACCAACAUCUGUCAGUCAACAUGUGCAUCCUCCGCAUCCCGCGCCACUCAUGGUGCUUCUGCCCGGACCCCUCGGCAGUAGACAGCGACGGCAGCCUCCUCUGCCCCCACCACAUCUCCCUCCAUCCCGAGACCACCCCUUCCACCCUCCCCCCAACCGUGCAAUUCUACCUGUACUCCUGCCUCACCUCCAUCCCCCGCCCCGGACCGGACUGGGAGCACUGCGCCACGUACCAAGCCGCCCACAAGUCAGGCUACAUCCUCGACCCGGGCUACGAGCUCUCCUGCCCGGAGACCAUCAUCGCCGCCGCUGCUGCUGCUUCUCCUGGAAGAAGAAAAAGAGAGGCAGAGAGGAUGAUAGCCCUCCAUCUAACCCCGCUUCGCGAGCGCUUCGAAAUCGAUUCAGCCCUCUUCGACGGCGGGGGCCGCCGUGUGCGAUACCACUGGUACCACCACGAUGUCCCCUGCGGACUGACGACGCUGGAUGAUGACCAGCCGCUGGACGAGCUUGUCGAGAAGCGGAUCCUGUCGCGUCCCGGCGCGGCGGAUGAUUGGGGCGUGUAUGUGGAUGUUGUGGAAGGGGUUGUUGUUGUUGUUGAUGUUGUUGAUGAUGAUGAUGAUGAUGGGGGAGAGACGGAGACGGGGACGGGCCGCCGCCGCCGCUGCUGCUGCUGCUGGGGGGUGGAUGUGGAUGCGUCGGCUGUGUUUCUGCUGCCUGGUAUGGGCUAUGAUGCUGAGACGGUGGCGAGGAAGAUGGAGAGGGUGAUGGGGGAGGAGAACAAGAAAGAGAAGAAGAAGAUGAUGGGUGAGGGUUGGUUGUCGGUUGAUGGUGUGAUGAAGGCCAUGGGCAAGUUCUUGUGA